AUGGACACAGUGUUUCCGCCCUCACCGCAAUGGCAUCAACCCCAUUCCGCCUGCCUAGUCAGUCAGGACGAGAACUCUGGCUGGCUGGUCUACUCACAUAACAACACCAUCCAGAUCCUGAACCCGUUCUCGCUCAAGCAUCAGGGGGUUCUUCGGGGUUCACAUACUGCGAGGAUUAAUGCCCUUGCUGCGAGACCUCUGCGGCGGACUUCUGCUUCUACUGUGGCGACGGAUGGUGAUGGUGUUGUUGGUGGUGGCGUUGAGGAGGGCCUGACGUCGUCUUCGUCGUCACUGUAUUCUUCACCGGCUUCUUCGGGCCCUCUGUCAGGGACAGAGAGUGCCAUAUCGUCGGAUCUAGACCAUCUCAGGUGCCCACUGGACAAUAUUACUAAUUCCUGUGUAGCGACCACUGAUCGCAACGAUGAGCCUAUGGUGGCAUCCGUCGGAGAGGACAUGAGGGUGGUAUGCUGGAACCUGGAAAGCCGUCGUGCCACCGCGUCACACUUUAAAGUUCACAACAAAGUUAUCAAGGCAGUGGAAUGGACGGGAGAUGGUCAACUCAUCGUUUCAGGUGACAAGGGCGGCGUGAUUGUUGUGUGGGACCCUUUUCAGGGGAAGAAGACGCUCAAGUUCGAGCUCCCAACAAAACCGAGUAUCUCUUGUAUGAGCUCGAGUCCCACGCACCCCAAUGUCAUCGCCAUAGGCAUGGACGGCGGCGAUAUCUUUGUGUGCAAAGCCAACUUGUCAGGAGUAUUCGUGCAGCAGCGGUUACAUGGGCAUACCGAACGGAUACACAGCCUUUCCUGGCAACCAUCACAAUUCCGAGGUCAGGAUUACACCUCAUUGGCGUCGGGAUCAGGAGAUCAGACUGUCCGUGUCUGGGAUGUCGUGUCAGAGAUAUCCUCGGUCGUGAUGAAGGUCCCUGAUCUGGACGACAAACUCCCACACUCGCAAAAGGUCAAGUUCUGGGUUCCUGUUGGAUGGGUCUCUCAAGGCCAACGGCUCUUGUCCGCCACUAGUCGGAUCAUUGCCUGGGAUGUCGAUAAUGGUCAGGGCCUGGCGCAGAUCGAGUGUAUUGGAGGCAAUGUCUAUGCAUUGGACAUUGGGACCGUCGACCCUGGGAGGAUCGCGAUCUGUCUUGGGAAUGAGACGCUCAAGAUCUGGAACACCUUGAGUCGAGAGGAGCCGUAUGAGUGUAUCACGAUAGAUCGGUUGAAUACUCGGGCGCGUGCUGUUAGGUGGCAUCCGGCGGAGGAGGGGACACUUUGUUUUGGGUUGGAGAGUGGCAAGAUUGGGAUGUUGACGCAAGUCCAUGAGUCUUUCAGCGCCGAUAACAAGAAUGUCAACAAUGGCAAUGGAGCAGGAAACAGGAAAGGUCGGAAGAAGGGACGCCACGACAAACAGGCGGCUCAUGCUUCGUCUGGACCAACUCAGACCAUUUUUCAUUCCUACCAUGAAAAGUCGGUGACGUCAAUGGCCUGGUGCAGCUCCAAGGUCUUUGAGGCACCUGUCCCCGAACUAUUUGAUCUGGCACUGCGUGAUGGGACCUUUUGCCUGGUGUCGUGUGGUGGCGAGGGCAAGAUCUUGGUCAGUGACGCGUCGAAACCGUCGAGCAAGAGUCUGGAUCUGGAUGUGGUCAUUCAGCGACAGAACGCGGCGUGGUAUGAGGCGUAUCGAGCGAUCAAGGGGACGGGACAACCCGAGCGACGGGAUUUUGCCAUUCAUCCAAACGAGGAUCUAUUGGCCCUUGGAAAUGCUGAUGGGUCAGUUGAGGUGUUUGAGCUCAAGUACUUCAAGCUGGUGUAUGUCUAUCAGAGUCAUCGGUCUAGAGUCAACAGGGUCUGCUGGAGCGAGUCUGGAUCCAGGAGUGGCGGUCAAGCUGGAGCAGGACGCGAGGAUGGUUCAGGUGUGAUGGAUUUGUACCUCUUGGCUAGUGGAUCUGAUGAAGGUGUUGUUGCGAUUCAUAAUCUGCAACGUUUUUCUGGAUCGGCUCUGACAGAGAAGCGAGCGAGCAGGAAGGAGGCAUCUUCGAGUUCGACUGAGGAUCCAUUGGAUGAUUCGAGCGUGACUUUGUCAACCGCCGCAGGAACAGACACGGAUAUAGUCUUGCCAACAUCACAGGUGCUUUCAUCCUUCCAGUAUCACAGCAAAGGAAUCUCGGACCUCGCUUGGUCACCUCAUGGAUCAACAGACUCUGUGGAAUCUGCCACCCGGUAUCAUAGGAUUGUCACGGCAUCGUAUGAUGGUAAGGCAGUUGUAGUAGAGGUUCGAAUUGAGGAUUCUUCCGCAGAACCUAUUCAGGACAUACCGCAGGAUGGCACGGGAGAGAAUACUGAGGAGGGAUCAGGCUCUGACGUAUCUAUUCCAGUUCUGAGUGCGCGACAACACCGAGCUGUCGCUAGCUAUACAGGUCACGAAGACCAAGUGCUGUCGGUGUUCUGGAGUCUGACAGAGACCGAUCGGGUCUACAGUGGAGGAAACGAUUGGGGACUCUGUAGUUGGGAUGUGAAGUCUCAUUCGCUGACUGAGGCGCAGUCGUUGGCGCUUGUGCGAGGUGGUGGUGGAUUUAGGAAACAUCUCAAGACGAUUGAUGGUGGCAAAGGAUCGAUGAAGUCUCAGCUGGCUACUACCGCGUCCCCCAGUCCUGUUAUUUCCGUCGAGGAGACCUCAAGUCAGCCUCAACUACCAAGAACGACGUCGGCUGCUCAGGCUGAGGGCGAUGAUGUAUCAAUGCAGGGUGAAGAUCAGCAGCCGGAUCAACCUCUGUUGGCACCAGAGGACAGGCAUGUCAUCGCAGUCGAACCCUUCGCAUCCAAACGGACAAGUGGAUCCUCGCCUCAUCCCGAGUCUACACCCACAAAACGCUCACGGAUAACGUCAAACAACCCAGUCGCCAAUACAACUACCACAACUGCCGCAGCCCCUAGGAUAAGCGAGCCCUCGGCCUCAACUACAACGACAUCGACAUCGACAUCGACCCAUAUUCAAAAACUCUCGACACCAACGAAACGACUGCAACUCUUUCCGAUGGGAACUGCGGCAUUUCAUGGACAGUCCACCCGCAAAAUUCACCUCGAGAUCUUGCGCCUGACACGGAACUUGUACUGUCGACGGAUCCAUCAAGGAGGUGUCCUGCGGACUGAGGAGGAGCUGGAAGCUGCUAGGGGUCGAUGGCGAGCGAUGAGGGCAUUCUUUGAGGAGGAUGGUGAGGAUGAAGGAAAGGCGCUGUCUAAUGCGUUGGUUCAGGAUGUUGAUGAGAUGAAUUUGGAGGAUGAAGAUACGAGCCUUUCUGGUCAACACAUCGCUUCAGGGACAGGACAACUGACGGCGGCUGAUGAUGCUUCGGCUUCCAGUGGCGAUCUGAUAUUCUAUGGUUCUCGCGAGUCCGUCAAGGCGCUGGCAGAGUUGGAGGCCGAAGAGAUGGCCCAAACUCAACCCCAAAACAUCUUUGUCGUUGGCAGUGGAAUGGGCGUAAUGCCCCCGGCAUCUAGCAGUCUCAAGGACUCAAUCGUCCAAACCAAGAACGGUUCGCGACCACGUGCUGCCGGUCAAUUAUGUCAAGUCCCCGUCUCCUGCUGGCUUGGAGAUGUCCCCAAGGUUCUUGACAUUGUCAGUGCUUUGGGUCCUUCGGAGGUUGGGGUUCAGGAUUGGAUUGCGAUCGCGUUGUCGCCGAUGGGGGGUGUUGAGGCGUGGAAGGGGAUGAUGGUGAAGACUGCGGGCAAGUUUGAAACCAGGGGGGAGGUUCAUGCGGCGGGAUUGUGCUACUUGAGUGUGGGGAUGAUCUUUGAGGCGGUGGAUGUGUAUCGGAAGCAAGGGCUCUUUAGGGAGGCGUUGACAUUACUCCGGAUCCGACUCUGGGACCACCACGACGAUGAUGAUAUGGAGGAAGAUGGUGAAGAUGGUACUGAUAUGGAGGUACAAAGAGAAGACCACGACGAGACCUCACCUCCAGGAACAAUCGCGUCCUUGCCCGUCAACGCCAACAGGAAGGACUUCCGUCAGCUUCAUUUGCAGAUCCUGACAGAAUGGGGCCAGCAACUUGAGAAGCGUAACCAAUACGAACAAGCCUGUAAGUGUCAGCUGACACUCGGGUCCCUCCUCAAGACGCGUAGUACCAGCACCAAAAAGGUGACUGCCGUCGACUCGGAGACAAAAGUCCCCUCUGUGGGUCUGCAGACGCUGGCGCGACGUGGCGAUGUAGCGACUCUGAGGACGGUUGCAGGACUGGCCAUCUUGAUGGACGACCCCACGGUUCAGGAGUCUGUUGCCCGCUAUAGGAGUGCCCUCUUGCUCAAGAAGGAGGCCCUUCACAACCGACGUAGUCAAGUAUAA